AUGUCCAUAAGAUACAUCCUAUGCCUCCAGAUCCAGGUACACAUUGUUUCUGGGUGCCUGCCCUGUCCCCCUGUGACUCGUGCCCUCCUGGAAUCCUACACAAUCCAGGCAGAACGUGGAAACUAUGUGGAUGAUGAGGAUGUCAACAAAAUCAAGUCACAUACUGAUUAUUAUUUUGGGACCAUUGACACCGAGGAGAUGGACGACUUGGUGGUAAAUUUCUACAAAGCACAUAUUGGCAUAGCUUCAGCAGAAGCUGAUUAUCAGUUCAUAGAGCACGCCAGGGGACUGCCCAUGUACAGCGUUCAUCUGCAUGAGGCCAAGAAAAAUUCAGUGGGACAAGUAUUAUUGGACAACGUAUGUGACAAUCUGGAUGUGCUAGAAAGGGACUAUUUUGGGCUCAUGUUUUACGAAAAUGUUGAGGAGAAGAUAUGGCUUGAUCCCACAAGAAAGAUAAAAACACAAAUGCGAAAUCGCUCCUGGCUUUUUACAUUUAAUGUAAAAUUUUAUCCAUCUUGUGCUUCUCAGAUGACUGAGAGUAUUUCCAGAUACCUCCUAUGCCUCCAGAUCCGGGCAGACAUUGUUUCUGGGCGCCUGCCCUGCCCCCCUGUGACUCGUGCCCUCCUGGAAUCGUACACCAUCCAAGCGGAACGUGGAAACUAUGUGGAUGAUGAGGUCCUCAACAAAAUCAAGCCACAUACUGAUUAUUAUUUUGGGUCCAUUGAUACCAAGAAGAUGGAGGACUUGGUGUUGAAUUUCUACAAAGCACAUAUUGGCAUAGCUUCAGCAGAAGCUGAUUAUCAGUUCAUAGAGCACGCCAGGGGACUGCCCAUGUAUGGGGUUCAUCUGCAUGAGGCCAAGAACAUCAAGCUGGGUGUGUCUGGCAAUGGCGUGUUCAUCUAUAAAGAAGAGCUGACGUUCUGUCGCUUUGACUGGGGUAACAUCGCAAAGGUCUCCUGUAAGGGCAGUGAGUUUUUACUGAGACUGAGGCUCGAAGAGAAGAACAAAUUUGAUGGCACCAUUACAUUUCAAAUGCCAAGUCCCCAGGCAGCCAAAAGGUUCUGGAAGCAGUGUGUGGAGCAACAUACCUUUUUCAGACUGGAACAGGCACCUAAAGCCAGAUUUCUCGCCUGGUACAAAUUUCAAUACAGUGGCCGGACCCUGGCACAGGUCUGCCAGGCAAACGCCUUUACUCGCAGGGAAACACCAACGGUUAAGCGUACUCCUCCCAUGUAUAUCUAUGCGCCUUUCAUUGAAGAAAACACCUUGGUGCAGGUGGACACAUAG